AUGGAGUCUGAAACUGUAGUAGGAACAGCAAGCUGUCAUUGUGAGAAGGUUCAAAUUGAAUUUACUGCUCCGAAGAAUGUGGCUGUGUUCAAAUGUAACUGUUCGAUAUGAUUGAUGAGGCAGAAUCACCAUUUUGUUCUCCCUCAAGAGAAAGUAAAGCUUCUUGAAGAUUCUGAGGAUUACUUGACCACGUAUACAUUCAAUACAAAGGUAGCGAAGCAUAAAUUCUGUAAAGUAUGAGGAGUUCAGUGUUUCUACCAGCCAAGGUCAAACCCUGAUGGAUACGCAAUCACUAUCUACUGUGUGAAAGACUACGAACAACUCUUCGAGUCAAUCACUUGGAAUGAGUUUGAUGGACAGGAAUGGGAGCAACAAAUGGAGACUUCAGAUAUCUCUAAAUAUUCAAAAACAUAGCAUA